GACAUAGUGUGGGAGUCCCGCACACAGUCACUCACCCAUCAUGGCGGAAGAAGGCAAGGAUGCCGUCCUUCCUAGUGAAGACUCUCUGCUCGCCUCCCUCCUCACCGAGAUCUUCACAUCCCCCAUCAACAUACUCCUACUGGGAGUAUGCGCCUUCCUCAUCUAUAAAAUCUUCCGGCCGAGUGAUGGCAGUGGUGCAGCUUCUGGUCCAGUGGAACCUCCAGUGCCUAAGAUGAAACGGCAGGACAUGACCCUUGAGCAACUGAAGCAGUACAAUGGAACUGGAGAGCAUGAACGUGUUUGUGUAGCAGUUAAUGGCAAGAUCUUUGAUGUUACGAGAGGCAAAAAGUUCUAUGGACCAGGGGGACCUUAUGCUGCUUUUGCUGGACAUGAUGCUACACGAGCACUGGCAACUUUCAGUGUGAAUGAUGUUAAAGAAGAGUACGAUGAUCUCAGCGACCUCUCCUCCAUGCAGAUGGAUUCAGUUAGGGAGUGGGAGAUUCAAUUCACUGAAAAGUAUGAAUACAUUGGAAAGUUUUUGAAACCUGGGGAACAGCCAACAGAAUAUUCUGACGAGGAAGAUGCAAAGGACUCGAAAACCAAGAAGGAGGACUAAAUUUAUUGAUUGGAUAGAGAAUUGAAAUGCAGAGUUAAGAUGUUUAGGCUGUUAAUUGACACUAUGAUAGAAGGUGCAUUGGUUGGAGGGGAACAUUGUGGCCAACAAUUGGUGGAACAAGUGUCUAAGAGCUGGUUGUCAGCUGCUAAAGUCAAGGGUCUCUCAAAGUCAAUUGAAAGCAAAGAAUGCCGACACCAUCCUACCUAGAACAUCAAUAUCCGAUCUUAAUUCUCUAUAAUUUCCUAAAAACCCAUUGAGGUGGCCAAUGCCAAUCAACAUCUUUGGGCAUAGCCACACAAAACCAAGUGUUUCCAAAACAUAAAUGCACAAUGCGGCCUUGUACAUUACUGUUAUUUCCUAAAAUUCAGUGGUUCCCAAGUUAUGUGCCACUGAACUUUUAAAUGAGAGAUGCUGGUGGUUGGCUGUUAAUAUAUAGAGCUGUGGGUAUCAAGUGUGUUAUUGGAAUGUUGUGCAAUAGUGUUGAAAGAAAGAUAGGUAUAAUAUAGAUGUUUUAUUGGUUACGGUAUUUCUUACAGGUGGUCAACCACCUGUAAACUUUGGUUAAUAUUUCGGCAGGUAUUGCAUCUACUAACUAUAUGUUGAUGUAAUUUUAUAGAUACUUAUUUCCUAUUACAACUCAAGCCAUAGAUUUCCCAAAACCUUAAUAAUGGUAAUUUGUCAUUCCACAUAGAACACAACCACUUUCUUAGGGGUCCGAGGAAAGGUAACUUUACCCUAGCAAAUAUAAAUUAAAUGGAAAUUUUAAUAUUUUCUCUAUUUAAAGCUAAUCGUGAGGCAAUAUGGGAUAUAUUUUACUUAACCCUUAAGGUGUGAUAAUUGCCUUAUAGUUGUACACGAGAUCACACGGUGACUGUCAUUUAACUGCUAUACUAUAAAGAAAACUUUAGAAUUUUGUUCGGUUGACUCUCUAAGCUUACUAAGAACUGACAUAUCUAUGGCUAAUAUUACCUAAUUGAAAGAUAUAUCUUACUAUACACAAGAGAGUCAAAUAUACAAAAAUAUUUAUAAAAAAUUAUGCUCUAGUAAUUCUUGUUACUUUUACUUAUGUUGAAGUAGCUUUUUUCCGUUUUAUAAUUACCCAGUAUUACCAAGAAGAUCCAAAUUAAUUGUUUGAAUGUGUUUCAAGAUUUUCAAGUACUGAACAGGUGUUUUGAUCUAAAAAAACAAGAUGACACAGGCAGAGGGUUAAUCAGUAUUUCCCAGCAUUUCCAUUUUAUAAAUUAUUUGCUGAUAGUGUGAUAAAUUUAACUAAAACCGUCAAUCAAGAAGUAUGGUAUUUAAUUUUGUUAUUAAUCGUCUCUUAUUUCAAUAUUGAAAUGUACCGUACUGAAAUAAGGUGCAUAUGUGAAAUUGCAAAGGCAGCUUUUUCAUCACUUCAUGUGAUCAAUUUAUCUUAAAAUAUAUCUUCCAGCUGACCCUGUAAAGUAUAUUGAAGCAACAUGGUACAGGGUUAAAGGAGUGGCAAGCAUUUUACAGACAGUUAUCAGACUGGUUGGUUGGUGAAGAUUAGGCUUAUCAUAUUGUGAUAAGUCACUCGCGCAGCAUAAGCUAUGACACUGUAGUGUGCUUGGACCUUGUAUAGGUAACUCGGCCUGAAAUCAAACUUGUUCUUAUGAACUACUGCAGAAGACUCAUAAUUGCUGGUCUUCUCUCAAGUGCUGAUUCAGAGUUAUUUUCAUACCUAACCUUGAGUCAUACAUGGUUAGAUCCCCCCAUCUUUUCUAAUCUAUAGCGAUUUAUAUUGUACUGUAGAUACACAUGUGCUUUCCUUAUUCUGUGUGACAUACUGUGUGAUGGAUGUGUUUAGAAAUAAAUUAUGGAUUAGAAGACUGAUAUCCCUAGUUCAUAAUAUAUUUACUGUGUGCUUCCACAGUGUGCUCAUACUUAAUCUGUUCAGAUGCCCUUGAAAAAGGUCUACAUAUUAUGGAAAUACGUAAAAGGUGCAAUUAGCCUUUGUGAAAGAAUAGGCUCGGAUUAUUAAACAUUGUCUCAACUGUAAGGCACACACACAGCUUUGAGAAUAAAUUUUGGCUCUGGUGUUAAUGUAUUUUGAGAUGGAAGUACAGUAAUUUAUUUUUAUUUGUUUAUUAUUCAGUUGGGUUAAUGUUCUUUUUAGAUGGUCCAAGUUGUUGAAGUUUCCAUAAAAAAAAUUAAGUGGGAAUGGUUAUUACAGUCAUGUGAUUAGCACACACAUUUUUAAGGCAGUUGAUGAUGUCACUAGUCUGAAAAAAUAAAUUUGUUUGCAAUUUCAUUGCAAAUGAUGCAGUUGAGUGCUGAAAAUUAGGUGUAGUGUUGUCAGACUAUGCUUUAAUUGCAAUAGAAACAAAAUUUGUUAUAAGGUAAUUUAAUGUUGAGGUAUUUUAAUUACAGCUAAGACCAAAUUUUAAAUUUUGUAAUAAAUUUAUUUAGAUGAAUUAUAAGUUUUGUCAGUGUUAGUAAAUCACCUGCAUUAACAAUAAGUUUCCUGUAUUUACCUGGGACUAUUUAAUUAAUAUGUUCAUUUGGUAUAAUGUAUCUUUUUGCUAGGCUUAUGAUUCAAUUUUAGUCAUUAGUGAAUUUUUUAUGAACUUACAGCAGCCAUGAACAGUUUGUGCUCUUUUGGCUUCUUUACUGUCUUCAUUGCCUUGAUUAUAAUGGAGGAAAUAUAUCUGACAUGAAGAUACUAAUUUCCACACCAUUUUUUUGUUUUUUUAAUGGGAAGAUUAGAUUUGCAAAGUCAGUCUAUUUACCCUGACGAGGAAUUCCCAAUGGCAGUAUAUUAACGUGGGGAAAAAUAGUCCCAGUUCAAGUUUUUUGUAUCUUUAUAAGAUAUAUCAGCUUGUUUAUAUUAUCCAGUUCAACCCAUAUAGUCAUGUGUAGGUAUUGGAAUCGGUCGUCUGUGUACAAGAAUGAACUGUAAACGUUCUUGAGGAAAUUUGUCAUUGUGUGUGCAUACUGGUUUUGUCUAGCUGUCCAGCUAUAUGUUAAUUUGGCAUUCCUGAACCUUGUUCUUCAGGCCUUGCAUGAAUGAGUUGAUUUAACUUUGUGAUAUUUAGAGAAGCAGAAUUUGUAUUUAUAUUUUUUACACGGUCAAUGUAGUUUGAUAAAAUUCUCUUGGAACAAAUAUAAGAUAACUUGUGUAAUAAAUGAAAACUGUCCUUACUCCAUAUGGUAUGUUUUCAGUUAUGUACAAUUGAAUGUUAAUGUUAGUUCAAGAGUUAAUAAAGUUUCCCUGUCAUGAAGUAAAUGUUUUCUAUAAGGCAAUUCUCUUGGGUAAGUGAUAUUUUCUUAAUGUAAAUGCUGCUCCUUGUGCCAGGACCUCAUGAAAAGGCUUGUAGUUACAUCAUUCAAUUGCCAUUACAUUUUACAGUUUUAUGUAGUAAGUGUUUGAGUUUGUGUAAAAGCUAUAUCAUUAAAUUUUAUAAAUUUUUCAUACAAUGAAUUUUGAAUAGUAGUACAAACUUAAGAAAGAAAUAUAAAUUUUCAAUUUUUACUUGAAUUGUAUUUCUUAAGAUUUUACUUAAGUUAUACAUCUAUUUAAAUGCAUAGAAAUUUUUUACAGUUCAGGAAUAUUCAAACAAAAUUAGCUUAUAAAACAUCGUAACUUAAUUAUUGCAGUAAUUGUUCUUGUAAUUUUUUUGUUUGUAAGCUUCUUCAUGCACUUUAAGCCCAUAUACUUUUCUACUGCAUAUGUAUAUGUAUAUAAAACUUAUAUUUUUCUCUUGGCUUAUAUUACCAUAUCACAUAUACAGUACUCCUCUUCACAGAUAAUUCCAAUGCAGUCUUGAAAAUGUCUGCAUUAUGUUCGUCCUUAAAUGUUCAGGGCCCUGCCAAAGAAUUGUGUUGUGUGGUUCUAGGAAGUAGUCACCACGUCAUUGAACUCAUUCAUGAGUAUUAUUGAAAAUAAUAAGAAUGGCAUGUGUAAGUUUAACACAGAACAGUUGAAAUAAGAGAUAAGCAGAGAAUGUUACAGUACAAGUUUUUGAGAUCAGAUUCUAUCUUGAAUGAUAAUUUGGUGGUACCGUGUGGAGAAAAUUUAAACAAUCAAGUAGCCCCUCCUCCCCACCCACAAAAAAAUUGAGAAAAUACCUCUUAACUGUCCUGAAAUGUUUCACAACACAGUGCUAUGUGGUGUUCCUGGCUUGUUGCCUUCUUUUGAUAAUUGCUUACUGUUCUGAAAUGCCUUUUUCUUGAAUAUUUUCACUGCCACUCAAUGCUACUGCUGCUGCUGUUUAAUGAUGGUGCAAUGUUUAUUGAUGUCAUUGGCUUCCUUUUUUUUUGUCCUGAUCAGAUUUCUAUUCCUUCAGAGACUUAGGAGUUUUAUGGUGGAGCUUUAAGAAACUUUAUAUCCUCUUAAGACUUCAUUUUUAUAUAUCAGUAUUCAUUUGUUAUUGCAGUUGACUUAGUGCUCUCAUGGCUCUGGAGUAUUUUAACUCUUCAAAUCCCUUGGUGAUAGAAAUCAAACAUUGGCUGUUUUUCAUCUUUAGCAGAUAUGAGACGAUCAAAUUUUGCCAAGUUCCCAACCAUAUUGGUGAUGCCUGUAAUGACCUUGUGGGUGCUUCCACUCAAAAAGGCCAUAUGCAACUGUCCCAUCUCCCAGAAUUCCUUCCUUGGAUUUCUAUCCUGUCAUUCAUAACAGGAUUUCUUUCCUGUCAUUCAUGCAGAUUGGUUUAAGAACUGCAAUUGUCAAAAGUUAGAUAGUACAUAAUUUACAAUUUGUAAUAUCUAUCAAUUGUGACCUAUUCUGUUUUAUUUUGUUCUGCCACUGAAACAAGAAGUGGGGAAAUGUCACUGAAUGGAACAGACUUGGACUUCAAUCCUGGAAUUGCAUUGUUCUGCUAAAUGGCCUUUGCGUCUUAUAAGAUGAAUUGAUUUUCAGGAUCAGAAAUUUUGUUUUCAAAGUGUUCCUUUGCCAUCUGUCCCUCAGUAAAAUUCUCAAUGAAUUGGAUACUUUUGACAUUGCCCAUAUUUUUUUCCUUGUAAUGUACAGUAUUAGCAUCUUUGUUGAUAUAUGUGAACUUCUUUGUAUUCUGCGACACUGUGGAAUGUAAUCUUCUAGUUUCGUUUGUUUCUCUGUGCUUUCCCUCCUAGGUUAUGGAUGAAAUGCUGAUGCCAAUUAUAUUUUUUGGAGGAUGAAUAAAAUAAUUUUUGAAACAA